AUGGGUUCAACAAAAGUUACAUACAAUCGCAAAACGAAAUCACGAGAUUUGUCGAGAGUUGAGUUUGAAACGAGUGAGGAUGUGAGAAUUACGCAAACUUUCGAUUCAAUGGGUUUACGGGACGAUUUGUUACGCGGAAUCUAUAAUUAUGGUUUCGAGAAACCUUCGGUAAUUCAGCAAAAAAGUAUUCUGCCAAUCAUGAAAGGCAGAGAUGUAAUAGCUCAAGCCCACUCUGGCACGGGGAAAACUGCGACCACAUCAAUUUCCAUCCUGCAGUCCUUGGACAUGAGAUUACGUGAAACCCAAGUCCUGGUGUUGUCACCAACUCGCGAGUUGGCCACUCAGAUCCAGAAAGUGAUACUUGCUUUGGGUGACUUUAUGAAUGUCCAAUGCCAUGCUUGUAUUGGUGGCACACGUCUUGGCAACGAUAUCAAGAAGCUGGACUAUGGACAGCAUGUGGUUUCUGGAACACCAGGACGAGUAUAUGGUAACGACGAGUUGACACUAGAGGGCAUCAAAGAGUUUUUCAUAAAUGUGGAACGUGAGGAAUGGAAGUUUGACACUCUGUGUGAUCUUUACGACACGCUGACCAUCAACCAGGCUGUAGUGUUCUGCAAUACUAGGGCAAAGGUCGACUGGCUGGCGCAGAAGAUGAUAGAGGUCAACUUCACCGUCUGCUCAAUGCAUGGUGACAUGCCGCAACGAGAACGAGAUGAAAUUAUGAAGAUGUUCCGAUCUGGACAAAGAAAACUGCAAUAG